AUGUCCCCUCCCAGCAGCGAGAAAUAUGAAAGUGUGGACCGCAUAGAAGACAUCACUCAAGCCAAUUCUGAUGAUGUCGACCACGAUGAGGAAUACACCUAUGCGGAGCAACGCAAGAUCAUCCACCGCAUCGAUCGCCGCCUGGUGACGAUGACCGGGCUGGCCUAUUGUAUUUCGCUGAUGGAUCGUACGAAUCUUAGUAUGGCUGCUGUAGCUGGCAUGACCAAAGACUUGCAUUUGACUGUCGGGACUCGCUACUCCGUGAUCGUGCUCAUUUUCUUUGUUCCCUAUGUUAUCUUCCAGCCACCCAUGACGGUGGUGACUCGCAAGUUUGGGCCGACGAUCUUCCUCGGGACUAUUGUCAUCUCUUGGGGGGCGAUACUGGUGGGCAUGGGGUUCGCGAAGAAUUGGAAGCAUAUGGUUGCUUGUCGUUUUUUGCUGGGGAUACUGGAGGCUGUAGGCUACUUUCCUGGUUGUGUGUAUUUGCUUUCGAGUUGGUACACGAGAUUCGACGUGCAGAAACGCUUCUCUAUCUUCUAUCUGAUCGGCUGCGUUGCGUCCGCCCUGGCAGGUAUCCUCGCUUUUGGGCUGAUGCAGAUGGAAGGACUGCAGGGCCUGCGCGGUUGGCGAUGGAUAUUCAUCAUGGAGGGUGUGAUCACAGCCGUUAUCGGGGUCCUCACACUCAUCUUCCUGGUCGACUUCCCCGACCGAGCGCACAACUCCUGGCAUUUUCUCACCGAGAAAGAGAGCGCCUUCAUUGUUCGUCGCAUCAACCGGGAUCGAUCAGAUGGCAACGAAGAGCCCUUCACGCUGAAACGGUUCUUGUCCCCUGCUCUGGAUCUUAAGAUUUGGGGCUUCGCCAUGAUCUUCUUCUGUACCACGACAGUCACCUACGCCAUCGCUUACUUCCUUCCCAUCAUCCUCCAAGAGGGCAUGGGCUUCAGCAUCGGCGCAGCGCAGUGCCUCGCUGCCCCGCCCUACGUUUUCGCCGGCUUCAUAAUGUUUGGAGGUGCGUGGGUGGGCGACAAGUACCGGAUGCGCGGUGCCAUUGUUGUCUUCAACGCGCUGCUCUGCAUCAUCGGCCUGCCUAUCAUGGGGUUCGCGCACGGCAACGCGGCGCGCUACGUCGGCGUCUUCCUCAGCGUGGCCGGCGCCAACUCCAAUAUCCCCGCGGUCAUGGCCUAUCAGGCCAACAAUGUGCGCGGCCAGUGGACGCGCGCGCUGUCGAGCGCGACCUUGGUCGGAUUUGGAGGCAUUGGUGGUAUCGUCAGUAGUUUGGUGUUUCGGUCGGAGGAUGCGCCGGGGUAUCGGCCGGGCAUGUGGACCACUAUUGCGUGCAAUAUUUUGAUUUGGGUGAUUGUGGGAGCAUUAAGUUGGUGGUUUCGGAGGUCGAAUAGGGAGGCGGAGCGCGGGGAGAGGGUUAUCGAGGGGGCGGAGGAUUUUAGGUAUACCAUCUAA